GGAGGUAUAAGAACAGUCUGUUUCGUCCAUCUGGACUCAUCAUUUUGCGUACAGUCUUGGGCGCAGCCAGCAUCCUGUCUGGUCUUCAGCACCCUGAAAUGGUCUCUGCUUACACAGUGAGUCCUGGGAGGCCGUCCCACACAUUCAUCAGCUUACCGAAAUUUAACUGCCAUCCCAUUUCCUCCUGCGCCCUCUCGCUCUGCUCAGAGAGAUGAACUCGGCUGGGUGUGGGGAGGCUGUGGAACACCGUUAAAGCCAGGCGGUCUCCUGGAAACACCAAGACAUUCCAGAGUCACCAAAACAGGAAGAGCUCGGGGACUCGAACUCUAUGGCUGAACCGUGAUGGCGAGUAAGGACUUACCCAAAGACAGCUGCAUGCAACUGGACGAGACCCUCCAGAGGACCUUCCUUCCGGUCAUGUAUGGCAUCAUCUUCAUCGUGGGCUUCCUGGGGAACAUCACCUGCAUCUUCGUCUACGUGACUAAGAUGCGUCCGUGGAAGAGCAGCAGCAUGGUGAUGCUGAACCUGGCGGUGACUGACCUCAUGUACGUGCUGAGCCUGCCCUUCCUGGUCCUGCACUACAGCAGGCCCGACGUCCUGCCCCUCGACAACUUCCUGUGCUACGUGGUGCGCGUCGCCUUCCACUUCCACCUGUACGCCAGCAUCCUCUUCCUCACCUGCAUCAGCGCGUUCCGCUACGUGGCGGUGGUGCACCCUCUGAGGUCCGCCCGGCUGCAGCAGAGGAAGUGGGGCGUGGCCUCCUGCCUGGCGGUUUGGGGGCUCUCCGCUCUGGAGAUGCACCCCAUGCUCGACACCAUCACCUUGGACCUGAACGGCACCAGGAUAUGCCCGGACUUUGCCAGCAGCAGGUCAGAGAAGCUGGUCCUGUACAACUGGCUGCUGACGGUGCUGGGCUACCUGCUCCCCCUGGUGGCGGUGGUGCUGUGUUACGUGCGCGUGGCUCGGGCCCUGAGCGCGGGGCCGUACCCCCGGACGCCGUCGCGGGCACGGGCCCGCAGGAUGAGCGUGGCAGUGCUGGCGGUUUUCGCGGUGAACUUCACCCCGUACCACGCCCUGCGCAUGCUGAGGGUGUACACGCGGGACAGCCAGAACUGCACGCUGAGGGAGGGCGCCAACGCCGCCUACAUCCUGUUCCGCCCCCUGGCCGCGUUCAACGCCUGCCUCAACCUGCCGCUGUACACGCUGGCCGGGGGGAGGCUCCACCAGGCCCUCUGCGGCCUCCUGCCCAGAGAGCUCUCCAACAGGCUGAGGCUCGCGUCACCAAGGUAGCUAUUGCCACGGCAGCCGUCACCACAGCGACUGUGGACUAUGGCACCUAGAGGGUCUUGCUGAGGGACAGCUGGAGGACUCUGAUGCAUCUUUGUCAUGGGCGCAAUCCCUCAAAGAUAUGCUAUCUCCACAGUUACACAUAUCUCCACAUAUCUCUCAGUUACGGACACAAUCCGCAAAAGAUUGGCUACCUGCAUAGAUGCUUCUCUGUCACAGACACUUUCCCUCUUCACAGAUACAACUUUCAUACACAGACAGAGCUUGUACUAUUUACUCAUUCACACACAAAGCUGAUACUUUUAUCCAAAGCAAAUCGCAGGCUGCUGCCUAUUAUACGCACACACACAAGUAUAUAUACAUAUGCGUGCACAUGCGUGCACAGACACACACACAAACAAAUUACUGGUGGAAAUCAGUGGGAACACUGCUCAUGCAGUCCUCUGGGUGGCAGUCUGGCUGUGGAAAAAGCCUAUUUGUUAAAUUAUGCCAUUAGGACCCUGUGGGUUUGAAUACAUCUGUCAUUGAAUAAACAUUUAUUCCAGCCUCCACAGUGCACCACAGUACACCUCCAGCAUAAUGAAAUCUAGCCCAGUGCUAAUCACAAGUGAGAUUAUACAGGUCAUGUGACUUUUGUCAACAGUAACUCUCCCAGGGGAACCUGUAUAAAUCAGGGAACUUGGGGAUCUUAAUGUAAAAUAUAAUCAACAAAUCAAGCAAUGUUUUCAUAUAUCGCAUACUUAGUAAGUAACAAAAUUGAUAAUUUUGUCCUUUUUGUUGAAAUAAUAAACUGGAAAAGGAAAGUAGUGAGGCAAACAUGGGAAUAUUCUUUUCUUAUUUUGGAGGCCUAAUCCAUUAGUAGGUAAACACAAAACGUCCUACUUCCCUUCAUAAAAAUUAAACAACUAAUUAAAUUUAUAAAAAUCAGUUUUAAUAGAUUAGCUAAGUACACUUAAUGAAAAAAUAUUCACCACUACCAUGCUAGCUAUGUGCAAAAGAAUGCAGCUUCAGUGAUUCCCAGAUCUAAUUGAGUAGAGUUCUGAAUUCCUUAUGAGCGAAACACACAUUCAUAAUUCCUAUGUACUGGAGUGGCUCAGCAGCUGGGGAGC